AAUUCACAAAAGCCUCCCACUUUCCCCUACCCAAAGAAGCAAAGCAAUGCCUCUCUGUCUGUGAAUAUUUUCACUGCUAUGCCGCGAAACUUCUGAUCUCGGCCAACACUCCCUCUCUCUCUUCCCGAUGGCCACUGUUACUUCUUCCUUCCAUUUCUCCACUCUCACUCAAUCUUCGCAGAGGAACUUCACCCUCUCUUCCAAUUCACCAACCUUUCGCUUCCGCGUUGGUUUCUCAUGCCACUAUCUUGGAGUUCGAGCUUCCAGUUAUGCUUCCAAAAUGGUUGUUCGCUGCUCCUCUUCCUCUGUCACAGACCCUCCAACUGUUUCUGAGACAAAGUUAAAUUUUCUCAAGGAAUAUAAGCGACCAAUUCCAAGUAUCUACAACACGGUGCUGCAAGAGCUCAUUGUUCAGCAACAUUUAAUGAGAUACAAGAGAUCAUAUCGCUAUGACGCUGUAUUUGCCCUUGGCUUUGUCACUGUAUAUGAGCAACUCAUGGAAGGGUAUCCAAGUGAUGAGGACCGAGAUGCGAUCUUCCAAGCAUACAUUAAGGCACUGAAAGAAGAUCCUGAACAAUACAGAGUUGAUGCAAAGAAAUUGGAAGAAUGGGCUCGAGCUCAAAACUCAACUUCACUAAUUGAAUUCUCAUCCAGAGAAGGAGAAGUUGAGGGAAUAUUAAAGGAUAUUGCAGAAAGAGCAGGAGGAAAGGGGGAUUUCAGUUACAGUCGUUUCUUCGCAAUAGGCCUCUUUCGCCUUCUUGAGUUAGCAAAUGCUAUGGAACCAACAAUUUUGGAAAAGCUUUGUGCGGUUUUGAAUGUCAACAAAAGAAGCGUGGAUCGGGAUUUGGAUGUGUAUCGUAACUUGCUUUCUAAGUUGGUUCAAGCUAAAGAGUUGCUAAAGGAAUAUGUUGACAGGGAGAAGAAGAAAAGAGAAGAAAGGGCUGAACCACAAAAGACUAAUGAGGCCAUUACCCAACAAUUUUCUAGCCUUUAGUUAUGGGGUUUUCUCUCAAAUGAUCACCUUGUAAGAAUUGGUAUUCUUGACUUGUUCUUUUUUGUUGUUGUUGGUCUUGUGCAUUGGGUGAAUCAGAGUGGGGCAAUACUAUCAUCAUGCUUUUGUAUACUGUACUCGAUCUAUCUUCAUCCAUGGUGAUCCAGCUAAAUCCCACUUUCUGCUCAACCACAAUCUACCUGUUCAACACAGUCUUGUGUAAUCUUCUCUAAGAUGUAUUUUUUUUUUCUACUACACGGUCGCAGAUGUAUUUUGUAGUUCAAAUACACACCCCGGGAAAGCAUAUGAUAUGGUAAUUGAAAUUGAAAUUCUUCAUAUUUCAGAA